GGCCACAAGUACUUCUGUGUGAACUCGUCGUGCGGAGCCCCCUCCACCGGACUCAGCGCCACGCCGUGCCUGACCGGGCCCACCGCCCCGGCCGGGACGCCGCGGCACCCCACGGCUCUCGGGGGGAGCGCCGGCGGGGGGGCGGCGGUGCCUCAGCCCUACAGCAACCCGGCCAGCGAGGUGCCCAGCCCCGCGGAGAUGGAGCCCGACCGCCCCAUCGGCUACGGAGCCUUCGGUGUGGUCUGGU